GCGAAUCAACAAAAGUUGCUACGUGCAAAUAUGGGGAAAAUUUGCAUUUUUCCCAAGUGUGUACCCACAAUUCGGGAUUUCGUAGUGUUUCCUUUCACCCGUACGCAAGAGUUUGAGGAUUGGUGGAUAAAGUCGGGCUGGUCGAACGUGAUUGCUCUGCAAAACUUGCCAAGCAAAAUUUUGAUCUGCGAGGAACACUUCGAAAAAGAUCUCAUCAACAGACAGUAUAAGGUGCCGCGGCUUGCUCUGGGGGCACUGCCCACGCGUAACGUUAGAUGUCCGGUUAAUAAACCGGAAUUAAAGAUUCGUUCCCUGGAUAAGCUUGUAUUGGAUCGAACGUAUUGCCGACUGUGCGGACAACAGCAGUCCUACAGUCUUGACGACAAUGUUGAGCUGCUGUGCAAUCUGGAUGAAAUCUUCCAGUACAACCUGCAACUGUCCGACUCCACGGCGUUGCCGUCUGGAGUGUGCCUCUACUGCAAAGAAAUGGCAACAGUAAUACAAACAUUUUGGAAGAAAUGUUUCGAAGCUCAAGAAACGCUGAAAACGAUAUUCAUUCACCAAGCGACGCUAAUGAAGGCCGGGCCCUCGAAAGAAACUAACGCACCGGAAGACGCUGAAAGAUGCAGCAACGUAGACACAAAUGCGAGUACUGUUAAAAAGGACACUUUUCCAGCCGAAUGCGAUGAAAUCGUGGUCGACACGACGCCACCGGAUGUAAUGGGGGAGCACUUCGCCAACCAGUACGAGUUCGAAGCAUACGGUCAAGAAUUGCCCAGCGCCAGUGCUGCGGACGAAUGUGAUGAGGAGAGAGAGCUGCGUGAAACUAGAAAUCAACUAAUAUCGGAAACUUAUUCGUCUGAAGCCGACGAUGAAUUUUAUUCCCAAGAUCUGACCAAUUUGUCAUCCUCCGACAAGGAAGAGCAUACCGUUUCGCGUAAAACGGACGCAUCGUUGGAAUCACAUAUAUGCGAAAUAUGUGGAAAUUCAUACAAAACACUAACUAGGCUCAACGUGCACAUUAAGUUACACAGUAACGUCCGCGAACAUCAGUGUAGCAUAUGUGGACAUAAAUUUAAGGAGCGCCGUGGUUUAACGGAACACAUGGAAUCGAAGCAUGAGGGCAAAUCGUUCGCUUGCAGCAUUUGUGGUAUGCAGUACAGUUGGCGAAAAGGACUGCAGAGGCACAUGCUCAGCCACAAAGGCAGGGAACCGAAACAUGUUUGCAAAAUAUGUGGCAAAGGAUUCCCAGUACCGCAUAAACUAAGACAGCACAUGAUGCUGCACACUGGCGAUCGGAUCCCGUGUGAAUACUGCGGCAAGGGUUACAGAUUCAACUAUAUGUUAAUGCAGCACAAGAUACGCGUGCACAAUGUAGUAAUUGAAGGCGUUAAGCUGUACUCAACUCCAAAACGAAAAAAAUGAUGGAAUCCCAAAAAAAUUAACUAUUAGACACACAAUUCACAAUUCUGCUUCAUCUUAGGAACGUUCACAGCAGGCCACGACUCGUUGGUAUGGCCUAAUCAAGACCGGCAAAUUCCUGUUUCUGCACACGCCGAGCUCGUACUCAUAAUAAUUGUGAAUGAAUUGCUUAAGAAUCAAUUUUUAACUUAUCAAUUACUGUAUAAAAUUUUAAUCGUGAAUGUAUGUACCAAUAGAUUGAAAACCCUGCCAAUUCAACUAGUAGAGCUUCGCCCGCGGUAUCAACUUUAUCGUUCGUUUCGUUCGACUUGUCGGUGAUAGGCAAAGAACACGUGAAAUGAACCACCGUUAAUCUAAUCGAAAGAAAGGAUAGCAGAUAUAUGUCUACAGAAAUGGUAACUGGUAAGUAUAAUUUUACAAACCCAAGAUAUCCCCGCUAUACGUAACCUGAAUCUGUGGAGGCUAGUUUAGGCAUUUGUGUAAUAUGAUAGGAUCGGUUAAUUAGUAACAUCGAAUAGUAAGCAUAAGAAAACUAGGAUUAGAUCCUCCUGCUCUAGAUAAAAACGCUAAACGGGGCUCUUUGGACUUUGCCUAACGUAUAUCGCAGUUCGUUUGCGUUAGCUACACGUGCUUCUCGGAGGUUCAUGCUGUUGGCCCGUCUGUUGCGCAUGUGCAUGACUUUGAUGGAUUGAUGUAGGCAUAAACAUGGCAAACGUAUUUUACCAACACUUGCGAAGCAUAAAAAGCUUUAGUAAGUUGACAAUACGCAUAGCACAACUGGUAGGACGUGAGAAAGGUCCGAUUAUUGUACAAGUUCCACUCAGUGCAGAGUGAAGGGAUAAAUAAAGUAAACCAUUACGAGUUGUGCAAAGUAAUUGC